CUUCCUCCUCUUUCCUGCGAAAAAUUAAAAAUGUCACUCCCCCGAAAUCUUUUAUAGGCACGAUAGCCAACGGCUCCCAUUCCCCAAAAUCCCACUUUCCAUAUAUAUAUAUAUAUAUAUAAUAUGCUCAAGAUUCGAGAACUCAUUUCCUUACAUUGAUGACGCGGAGAGAGACGAGUGGAAGGCAACGGCCACUGGAACUCACGUCGAUUCAAUCCAUCUUCUCUCCCAAAUUCCAAUUCACAACACCUAUUUGAUGCACUCACUGAAACUGCCGCCAACAAUGAAGAGAAGAAGACCCAUUCCACAACCGCCUUCAACCCCUCCAACCCCAACCCUCCUCAAAACCCUAGUUUCCAACAGCAAACCCACUUCAAACUCCUCCAAGAAACCCAUGAUCCUCAUCAAGACCCCACAAACGCCACCACCCACAACCCCAAUAUCACCCAAAUGGGUGCCUCUCAAUAUUGCCAAAUCGGAGCUCUCCCUUGCUCUUACCUUCCCAACUGGCCAAACCUUCAGGUGGAAGCAAACCACCCCUCUUCAGUACACUGGCGUCAUUGGAUCCCACCUCAUCUCCCUCAAACACCUUCAAAACGGCGACGUUGCCUACCUCAUUCAUCAGAGCCCGUCGGAGGAGAAUGCCAGGUCGGCUUUGUUGGAUUUUCUCAAUGUGGGUAUUUCUCUGAGCGAAAUGUGGGAGGUGUUCAAGGCUUCGGAUUCGAGGUUUGCGGAAUUGGCACAAUAUUUGGGUGGUGCAAGGGUGCUUAGGCAGGACCCACUUGAAUGUUUGAUUCAGUUUUUGUGUUCAUCGAAUAACAAUAUUGGGAGGAUUACCAAAAUGGUGGAUUUUGUUUCGUCGUUGGGAAAUUAUCUGGGGAGUGUUGGGGGUUUUGAUUUUUACGAGUUCCCAUCUCUGGAUCGGCUAUCCAUGGUUUCAGAGGAAGAUUUUAGAGAGGCUGGCUUCGGUUACAGGGCCAAAUACAUAAUUGGCACUGUCAAAGCUUUGCAGUCAAAGUCUGGUGGAGGCAUAGAGUGGCUUGCUUCCCUUCGUGAAAUGGACCUUCAAGAGGUGGUUGAUGCCCUUUCCACUCUACCUGGUGUUGGUCCCAAGGUGGCAGCAUGCAUUGCUCUCUUUUCACUGGAUCAGCAUCAUGCCAUUCCUGUUGAUACGCAUGUGUGGCAGAUUGCUACCAGAUAUCUCAUCCCUGAGCUUGCAGGUGCCCGUCUGACACCUAAGCUUUGCAGUCGUGUGGCAGAUGCAUUUGUGAGCAAAUAUGGGAAAUAUGCUGGUUGGGCACAAACUCUACUCUUCAUUGCUGAAUUACCUUCACAAAAGACAAUUCUACCACCAAAAUUUUGGGCUAUUGAGGAGAAUAAAGACACUAACAUAAAAGCUAGUACAACAGGUAAAGUGGGAUAUAGCGCAAUGGUAGGUGGUAAUUGUGAGAACUUAUGAUUGCAAUCUGAGUUUCCUUUCCCUGUAGCACAAUUAUUGGAUUUCUUUAUAUUAAGUCUCUAAGUGGAUCUUGUAAGUUAGCCUCAGAUAAAAUUUGGUUAAAUUUCAUUCUAUGUACUAUGAAUGUUGUUGUUUUAUCAGUCGAGAUGAUAGUCUCGGUUGGUUCCAUUUUUUUGCUUCCUGAUGGAGCAUUCUCUCUCACAUUAUAUCUAUGUUAUGUCCUUUUUGUUUAGAAACCAUUUUGUGGACCCCGCAUUUAUGCACAUGUGUUCCCACUCGAUGGUGAACACUCCAAAGAGAUCAAAUGGCGAAGCAAGCUCGAGCUGAACUAUCCCAUCAAUCUGACUCAUACUCAUCGCGAACAUCUCAUAAAUUUACUUAUUGUGUGGAACAACUCCAUCCACCAUGUCCCUGAUCUCAGCAAAUAUCUCAUGCUCAUCUAUCUCAUAUGGGAAAUAGAGUGUCAUGAGGCUCAUACGAUCUGGAGAUGAUGGAGCGGCCAAUGUAAACGUGGAAGUGCCAGGAGCCCAUCACUCAACUGCAGUUGGUGGACAAAACGCUGAAACUCAGCCUCCUGAACAGUACUGAAUCUGUCAAUGAUUCCAUCUGAAUGCGUCUGUAGCUUCGGUGCUCUCACAAAGUAGUCUGCCAAGCUUAUGCUGUAUGGGCGGACAUGAUAGUCAAAUGGUGUGUGAGUCAAUUUGACUAUCACCCUCUCUUUGCGCAGUCACGCCAUGUAUCGGUAAUUAACCUCAGUAGGGAUGAACCCGAGUCCAAAUAGUACAUCAUGAUCAGGGAUAGCUAUAAACUCAUUGGGCCCAUACUGACGUCGCCCUAAUCCCAUGCUAGGAAGAAAAGACAUGCUCCUUAUUAUGUCAAGUACCACUAUACUGUUGUACUGAUCAAAUGACAUGCCCACAAAGUCCUCACAAAAUUCCUCAAUCCGUAGAGUCUGUACCUCAUCAAAUGUGAACCCAGUAAAAAACAGGUCAUCCUCACUAUGACUGAUCCGAGGCGCUGGUUCAGAAGAAGCAAACAUAUCUUCAAUAGACCGCACUAUGAUGACCUGCCCAUCAUGAAUGAACUUCACCUUCUGAUGAAGGGAAGAAUGGAUGACUCCAACUCUAUGAAUCCAAGGUCAGCCCAGUAACAGGUUAAAGGAUGUAGGAAUCCUCAAAACCUGAAACAAAGUAAGAAAUGUGGUCGGACCUAUCAAUAACUUGAUCUCCAAAGUGCCCAUGACCUCCCUCUUAGUGCUAUCAUAUGCUUUGAUUGUCUAAGUAAAUGAACCAAAGUUUGAGGGCACAUAGCCAAAAGUAAUGGUAGUAGCUAAGGGGUAAACAUUCAGGGUCGAGCCAUUGUCCAAAAGGAUAGAUGAGACUCGGUGGCUUGAACAACCAACUAAGCUGGCAGAGCCACUUGUAUUGUAUUUUCUGAUGAUGAUUUGCCACCCGAGGGUUCAAACCAUACGCGUUCUCUGUACAUCUCAGUUGGUUGUUCAGGUCAAUGAGUCCCAUCUGUCAUUUUGGACAAUAGCUCGGCCCUGAACGUCUGCCCCUUAGCUACUGCCAUUGCUCUUGGCUAUACACCCUCAGACUUUGGUCCCUCUACUUAGACAGUUAGAGCAUAUGAUAGCACUAAGAGGGAGGUCAUGGGCACUUUGGAGAUCGAGUUAUUGAUAGGUCCAACUACAUUUCGUAUUCUGUUCCAGGUUUUGAGGAUUCCUACAUUCUUUAACCUGGGCCGACUUUGGAUUCAUAGAGCUAGAGUCAUCCUUUCAUUAGAAGGUGAAGUUCAUUCAUGAUGGGCAGGUCAUCACAGUGCGUUCUAUUGGAGAUAUGUUUGCUUCUUUUGAGCUAGUGCUUCAGAUCAGUCAUAGCGGGGAUGACCUGUUUUUGACUGGGUUCACGUUUGAUGAGGUGCAGACUCUAGGGAUUGAGGAUUUUUGCAGACUUGGUGGCCAUGUCAUUUGAUCAGCACAACAAUACAGUGGUACUUGACAUGAUGAGGAACAUGUCUUUUCUGCCUAGCAUGGGAUUAGGGCGACGUUAGUAUGGGUCUAGAGAGUUUAUAGCUAUCCCUGAUCGUGAUGUACCAUUUGGACUUGGGUUCAUCCCUACUAAGGUUGAUUAUCGAUACAUGGCGUGACUACGCAAAGAGAGGGUGAGGGCCCGAUUGACUCACACAUCAUUUGACUAUCCUGUUCGCCCAUACAGCAUGAGCUUGGCAGACUAGUUUGUGAGAGCACCGGAGCUACAAACGCAUUCAGAUGAGAUCAUUGACAGAUUCAGUAUUGUUCAGGAGGUUGAGCUUCAACGUUUUGUCCACCGAAUGCAGUUGAGUGAUGGGGCUCCUGGCACUUCCGCGUUUGCAUUGGCCGUCCCAUCAUCUCCAGAUCAUAUGAGCCUCAUGACACUCUAUUUCCCAUAUGAGAUAGAUGAGCAUGGGAUAUUUGCUUAGAUCGGGGACAUGGUGGAUGGAACUGUUCCAUAUGAUGAGUACAUUGAUGAGAUGUUCGUGAUGAGUACGAGUCAGAUUGAUGGGAUAGUUCAGCCCGAGCUUGCUUCACCAUUUGAUCUCUUUGGAGUGUUUGCCAUCGAGUAGGAAUGCAUGUGCAUAAAUGCGGGGUCCACACAUACCUCUUCUCCUUUUCUGUCUACUUAUGCCCAUGACAGUUGUAGUUUCUUUGACCAUGAGCUUCCAUAUGUUUGUAGUUUCUUUCCCUACCAGUUUGCUUACUUGGCUCUAUGCCAUCAUUUUGUUGCUUUAUGGUUAUAUAAUUUUUGAAUUGAAAAACUUGUAAAUGAUUAAAUUUGGAUUGUCAUAUAGCUAACCAAUAAAAAUAUGUGAAUAUCUAUCUGUGCUCUGCCUAUGUGCUAAAUUCAGAAUUUUUAAUCCUGUAGUAAAACUGUGCUAUUUUGUUAUUCAUCAGAGAUCUACUACUUCAAUAUACUCAUUCUUUUUUGCCUUAAUUUAUGUUAGUCAUUGCUUGCUGAUCUUGAUCAUUGUUUGAACUAAGGAUCAAUUCUUUACUGUAAUUGCUAAGCCUGCUUGUCCUAUUCAUACACUUAAGAUUCUAGUAUGUGUGUACAACUGAGUCGCUUCUCCCUUCUUAGAUGCACUUGAUAAGCUUUUUCUGAAUAUCAACAUUGUUAUGUGUAGCACUGUGUUAAAAUUAGGAUAAAGCUACAUGUAAAAGUGGUAGGAGAAAAAUAUUGAAAUUAAACUUCCUUGAAGUGAAGUUGAUCUAAAGUAGAUAAUAGUGUUUUGACAUGAAAUUGAGAAAUAUUGUUGAAAAUUAGAAAGAUCUCAAGUAUUAACAUCUAUUUAAAAUGAUGUUCAACCAAUGGACCAGAAAGAUGUCAUAUCUACUUUUGGUACAUAUAUAUAUUAAGCAUGCCAAAGUGUGACAUAACUAUUAUAUUGAAAGAUUUAAAUAAUUAAUGUAAAUGAUCAAUGAGAAGUCCACAACCAAGUUUUCACCCAUUGUGUCAAGGAGUGAAUGCUUUGAACCUCAUGCUUUCCUUAUUGGGAUUGCAUUAGGUGUUCCCAACGAAGAGUUAGGAAGUUGCUUCUAGGGUGGUAUAACAAUGAUGUGAGCUUCAGUUGGUCCGACCUUGGGUUUGCUCCCCAAUGGUCACCAGUUCGAGUCCCCUCAGGGCCACUGGAGGUUUACCUGGUCGUUAACUUUAGGGCCUCGUGGUAUUAGUCGUGGUGCACGUAAGCUCACCCGCACAUCCACGGUUAUCAAAAAAAAAAAAAAAAACAAUGAUGUGAGCAAAUGGUGCCUCAAGGUGGGGAGAUUGGCCCUCCUUUGUUAGUUUUGGUGUGAUCACAACAAUAGGAUCUUACGAGAGGAUGAUAACUUGGACAAGUUGUUGAAAGAUUUAUUGAACUUUCUUUAAUUGGUUAAUACAUCACCUUUAUUUGCCCAUGAGAGAGAGAGAGAGAACCUGUAUUUAUUGGUUCGGGAUUCAUUGGGGGUUUGACUUUGGAUUUUUUGCUUUGCAGAAGGCUUGGGGCAUGUGCAGCGCUUGUUUUUCCUGUUUUCUUUUAUUUUUCAUCUCUUAGCUCUUCUACACUUCUUGUGUUCUAGGCAAGGUUUGAAAAAUCAGUUUUUAUCGCCGUUUUUUUUUUGCAAAAAAUCAGUUAUCGGUGGUGGCCGAUUUCGUUUCGGCCACCAAUAAUUGGUCAUGGGAAAAAUCAGUGGAAUAUUGGAAAAAUCGCGAAUAUAUUGACAAUUUCCGCUAUGGAGUGAAAUUUUGGUGAAAAAUCGGGCAUGGGGGCGACGUGUGUGUGGGCAAAGGGCAGUCUCAAAAAAAUCAGCGAUAAAUUAGAGAUUUUUUUGAAAAAAUGGUUGAUUUUUCCAAAACCAUUUUUUUUAAUAUUUUUUUUUAAUUAUUCAUUUUUAAUUAAUCUUUUUUUUUUAAAUUUAUAUAAUCAUUUUAUUUUAUAUUAUCAUUUUAUUUUUAACUACUUUUCAUAUUUAUCUCAUUAAUCUUAUUGUAAAAAAUUACUAUAACUUCACUCUUAAUUUUUUUAUUUAUCUUUUUAAUUUUAUUUAAUUUUAAAUGUUUUUAGUUUAAAAUAUUAAAAAUAUAAUUUUACUCAAAAAUGGCUACAAUUAAAAAAAAAAUAAUGAAGUCCUAAAUUUUAUAAAUUAAAAUUAAUUUGAUAAGAUAAAUUAUUAAUAAUUUUAAUUAUUUAAAUAAAUUAAUGUUAAUAGAAAAAAUUGUCACCAGAUUUGUAAUAAGAUUUUAGAAAUUAAAUCUCUAAUAAAAUAUUUUAUAUAAAUCAAUUUAAUUUUUUAUUUAAAAUGUAAUAAAACAUGUUUUAAUAAAAGUAAUUUUUAAUUUUUAAAAUAAAUGAAUAUAAAUAUAUUAAAGGAAUUUAAGCUAAUUUUUUAUAAAAAUUUGAUAAAUAUUACUUAUAUAAAUUACACUUACAAAAUAACUUUAAUAUGUGUAUUUUUACUUAUUUUAUCAUUCUUUGAAAGUUUUCUAAACAUUUUUAUGAAUUUUGAACUAUUUUUGUUCGAUUGAUAUUUUUGUUAAAAUAUGCAUUGAUAUUUUCGAUAUAUCCGUAAAAUCUAAGUACCGAUAUAUCCGUAUUUACCGAUAUUUCAAACUUUGGUUCUAAGAUACAUCCCUUCCUUUUGUUAGAGAGAGAGAAAGAGAACCUGUAUUUAUUGGUCCAGGAUUCAUUGGGAGUUUGCCUUAGGAUUUUUUGCUUUGUUGAAGGCUUGGGGCAGGCUAGCAUGUGCUGCGCUUUGUUUUUCCUGUUUUCUUUUAUUUUUCAUCUCUUGGCGCUCUUUCUAUACUUCUUGUGUGCUAGGAUGCAUCUCCUCCUUUUGUUAGACACUCCUUAAUCCAAUCAUCUUAUUUGCCCAUGAUAAGGAAUUAAUAUAAAUAGCAAUAUAUUGGAUUAGAAUGUAGAUUUAGGGUGAUAAAAAUAUAAUUAAAAAUAUUAGGGACACAUUAACUGGAGGGCUGCCCCUUUAUGCAUUGUUUGGACUGUCUGGAGGGAGAGAAAUAGAAGGUGGUUUGAGGAUGUGGAAAAUUCGGAUAAAGCGUUAAGAUUCUCCUUCUUUUGCUUACUUUUGGAGUGGGUCGGCUGGGCUUAAAUGAUGCGAAUAUGUCUAUGGUAGACCUAGUCGAUGGGCUUGACUUUAUGUGAAGGGGCUUUUGGCCUUCCUUUUUCUUGUAUUCUUUUUGUUCUUGCCUUGGUGCCCUUGUAUAUGACCCGUGUACUUUGGUGGGCUUUUUGAUAGGUGCUCUUAAUAUAUUUAUUUGCUUGCUUAUCAAAAAAGCAGUGGUAUCGAAGGAUAAACAGAUUGAUUCUCCUCUAAUCAUCUUUUAAGUUCUGUUCUGUAGUUUCUGAAAUGUAGUCCUGGAUAUGCAAAUAACAUUUUGUGGUGCUUUGUAGCACAAGAAUUACUUUAGUUUUUUUAGUUUAUGUUAUUUUAUUGAUAGGCAAAAGAAUAAAAUGCAUUAAAAGUGUC